CCCAAACGUUGGUCUCUUUGUAAUGUGAAAGGGAAGGCUUGAGGAAGUGAGCCGUAGUGACCGGUGCUGAGAAGUGACAGUAGCUCUGGUGUGUCUGAUCGUAUGAAUAUUUGACUACCUUUGGAAGUAGUUCUGCUUCUGUGCACCAAGACUGGGACAGCAACUGACAUCAAAGAAAAGGUCUUGGCUGUGAUUCCUCAUUGCAGUCAUGGCACCAAAGAAGAAGAAUGCUAAGAAGAAUAAGGCAGACAUCAAUGAGAUGACCAUCAUUGUAGAGGACAGCCCUCUAAGCAAACUUAAUGGUUUGAGUGGUCUAAUUGAUGGUGGGAAUGGCUUCAGUUACAUCUCAACAGAAGUUACGGAUUCCUCCUAUGGCACUACCCUUAUGGAAGGGAUGAGCAGAAUGAGGCAGGACAGUUUCCUUUGUGAUCUAACCAUUGGUACCAAAACAAAAUCUUUUAUGGUUCACAAAGUUGUUAUGGCCUCCUGCAGUGAAUACUUCUAUGACAUCCUCAAGAAAGAUUCCUCAACUCAGAGAGUUGACCUGAAUGAUAUCUCUCCAUUAGGCUUAGCCACUGUAAUAACAUAUGCAUACACUGGAAAGAUCACCCUUUCUUUAUAUACUAUUGGCAGCACCAUAUCUUCAGCAAUUUACCUGCAGAUCAAUGCCCUUGUAAACAUGUGCUGUGAUUUUCUAAUGCAAGAAAUGAAUGUUGAAAACUGCAUGUAUGUUGCUAAUAUUGCAGAAACCUAUGGACUCAAAAGUACAAAAGAAGCAGCACAGAAAUUUAUCAGAGACAACUUCAUUGAGUUUUCUGAUACAGACCAGUUUUUAAAAUUAACCUUUGAUCAAAUCAAUGAACUUCUAAUAGAUGACUAUUUACAGCUUCCUUCUGAAAUUGUGGCGUUCCAGAUUGCAAUGAAAUGGCUAGACUUUGAUGAAAAGAGAAUAAAAUAUGCCUCCGAACUCCUUAGCAAUAUCCGCUUUGGUACCAUCUCAGCCCAAGACCUUGUCAACUAUGUCCAGUCAGUGCCUCGUAUGAUGCAAGAUACAGAUUGCCACAGACUUUUGGUAGAAGCCAUGAAUUAUCAUCUCCUUCCAUAUCAUCAGAACACAUUGCAGUCUAGAAGAACAAAGAUACGUGGUGGUUCCAGGGUCCUGGUUACUGUUGGGGGUCGCCCAGCUCUCGCAGAAAAGUCCCUAAGCAGAGAAAUCCUAUACCGAGAUCCUGAUGGUGGAUGGAAAAGACUGGCAGAGCUUCCAGCUAAGAGUUUCAAUCAGUGUGUCACUGUAAUGGAUGGAUUUCUUUAUAUUGCUGGUGGUGAAGACCAGAAUGAUGCCCGAAACCAAGCCAAACAUGCUGUCAGCAAUUUCUGCAGAUAUGACCCUCGUUUCAACACAUGGAUUCAUCUCGCAAACAUGAUCCAGAAACGCACACAUUUCAGUUUCAAUGUGUUUAAUGGGCUUAUUUUUGCAAUCGGAGGCCGGAAUUCUGACGGCGGUCUGGCAUCAGUUGAGUGCUAUGUGCCUUCAACCAAUCAGUGGCAAAUGAAAGCACCACUAGAGGUAGCUAGGUGCUGUCAUUCUAGCUCCAUAAUAGAUGGUAAAAUCUUGGUCGUAGGUGGAUAUAUAAAUAAUGCAUACUCUCGAUCUGUGUGCAUGUAUGACCCUUCUAUGGAUAGCUGGCAAGAUAAAGCAAACCUCAGUACCCCUAGAGGAUGGCAUUGCUCUGUUACACUUGGUGACAGGGUGUAUGUUAUGGGUGGCAGUCAACUUGGUGGUCGUGGUGAGAGAGUUGAUGUCCUACCCGUUGAGUGUUACAAUCCCCACACAGGUCAGUGGAGCUAUGUUGCUCCUCUUCAGAAUGGAGUUAGUACAGCCGGUGCUUCAACUCUUAAUGGAAAAAUCUAUCUAGUCGGUGGUUGGAAUGAAGUUGAAAAGAAAUAUAAGAAAUGCAUCCAGUGCUACAAUCCUGAUCUCAAUGAAUGGACAGAGGAAGAUGAGUUACCUGAAGCAACAGUUGGAGUGUCAUGCUGCUCCAUUAACAUGCCCAAUUUUAAAACACGAGAAUCUAGGGCAAGUUCAGUAUCUUCUGUACCAGUCAGUAUAUAAAUAACACCUGAAAAAAUGUUAGUGCCACUGUUCUUUUUUUACACAGAUCUACUUCAAUCUCUUAUGCCCAUUAUUUUGAAGUUUGUGAUAAUAAUUAAAUUAUUUUAAACAUGUCUUAGGAAAGUUAUUAUAGUAAAGUAGAAGGAAAGGCUAAAUCACUGGUGCCAAUUGCUAGGCACUCCCCAGUGAUUGUAAUCGCUUACCUGAAACCUGCCAGGGGGUAAUGCAAACGAGCGAUCCUCUUCCUUCCUUCUCCUUUUGAUGAGAUCCUGGGGCCCGCGCAUGCACAGUGGAGCGAAAAGCUGGCUGUUUUGUUAAAGUUAGGCUUUUUGCAUGCACGAAGGCUGAAGAAGGAAGAGGAUCGCUUCAUCGCAUACACCCCGGCCGAUGCAGUACCAACCUGGGGUCUCAGGGUAAGCAAUUACAAAACUGGGGGGUGCCUAAUAUUUUGGCACCCCACAGUCAUUGUAACUUUCCUUUUCCUUUAAAGAAACGCACUGGAAAAUAAACAAAAACAUUAUUUACUUCCAUCAAAGAUCUUUUAAAAGGAACAUCCCAUGAAAAGCAAAUAUGGGGCCAUUUAGGUUUAAAUCAUGAUUUGGGAAGUACAGGCCUUGUAUUACAAAUACAUAAAUAACAAUAUAUUUAUAUAUAAUCCAUGAACACAUGCUCCAAAGAUGGGGAUGGAGCAUUUUAACUGUAAAACUUUUGAUUUUGGUUCCAAGAAUUCUGGAUAAUGGAUUCCAUACCUUCUUUCAUACACACAUAUAUCCAUGUGAGGGCUAUAAAGCUGAUUCUCAAUAAUAAUUUGUAUACUCAGGGUCUUGAAAAGCCUUCUACAAAAAGGAUGUGCCCUCAGGACCUGCACUUGGCUUCUUUAUUUUGCUUUCCUUUUAUUAACUGUGAAUACAGGAAACAUUUCAGAAAUAAAUGGGUGGUAUAUACGGCAUACUUUUGUGUAUAGAUUUGAAAUAUAUACUUUGAUGUUAUUGUUUCAAACAGCAUAUACCACUCAUAUAUCUGCUACUUUAGCAGACUAAGAGCCACUUUAAAGUAGUGUCUGCUACCAGUCCAAAGUAUAUGGCAAGUACUUGUUUAAGUGGCCCAGCUUUACUUUAUAUAUUAAAUAUGCAAUACUAAUUUCUGCACAUGAUCUAGAAAUAAAGUAAUUAGGGCCCUCCAAAUGUGUCAUUAUAGGAAAAGACACAUUCAUGAGACAGUGGCAUAAAAAUAUGUACACACUACAGAAUAUAUCUGAUUGAUUUAAACACACUGGAACUAUUCAGUUCUGUAAUAGUACUUGAGAUAUACAGACUAUUCUAGGAUUCUAGGUUCAUUUAGAGCUCAGUCAUUUGUGAUUACCAUGACAUCUUUGUUUAAUUAGAACUGUGAAAAAAAUAUUGCUCUUUAAUCCUGUGGAUCAAUUUUAUAAGAUUAGGCCUGUAUUUAACAUUUUGGUGUUUUUUUUUUUUUGAAACUGUUCAAGACAAAAAAAAAAUAAACAUUAUUUGCAUGAAUCAGUGUAAAAUGCUGCCUUUUAUCAAGGCAAUGUUCCUUUUUGAUAUAGUAAAAGUCCCAUAAAUAGCACACUUUGCCCAAAAUGUAGUGUGGCCAGUAGGCUACUGCAAUAAGGGUAUAUAUAGAGGGGUGCUCUUUACUCACACAAUUAAUCUGGUAUUAUAAACUAAAAAGCUUGCGCGUUUCUAUAGAAGUCAAUGGGAGCUGUCCUAGGCAUAGUCAAGCCAUAUUUUCAAUCCAAGUUUUCGAGUGUUAUUUGAGUUUGUAAACUUGAAAAUUCAAGGUUUUUGAGUUUUUAAUUGCAUGAGUUUACCACAUUAAUAAGUAAGUGAACAUUCAAUAUGCAAGUUUACUCAAUUUAGUGAAACAAACUCAAAUUCACAAAUUUGAAAACUGAUAAAUAAGCCCAUUAAUCUCUCAAAUGCCUAUUACAUGCUUUGUACAUAGCAUCUGAGAUUGUCUAAGGACAGGGUGACAUCAACACUCUAAAGAACAUUGUAAAGAAAUCCCACUACUGUCUAGGAAUGGUCUGUUAGGUAUGGGAUCCCUUAUACAGAAACGUGUUAUCCAGAAAUUCCGAAUUACAGAAAGGCUAUGUCCCAUAGGCAUAAUUUUAAUUUUUAAAAAUGAUUUCCUUUUUCUCUGUAAUAAUAAAACAGUACCUUGUACUUGAUCCCAACUAAGAUAUAAUUAAUCCUUAUUGGAGGAAAAACACUCCUAUUGGGUUAAUUUAAUGUUUAAAUUAUUUUUAGCAGUUAAGUUAAGGAGAUCCAAAUUACGGAUAGAUCACUUAUCCGGAAAACCCCAGGUCCUGAGCAUUUUGGAUAACAGGUCCCAUACCUGUACAACGUUUAAGUCAGUUGUCAGUUCUGCCACUGUAGAACCCAGAAACAAAAAAGGUAGAGCAGAAAAGGGUAGAGGGAUUAUGUAGCCUAUUUUAAGAUGCAUUUCACCUUUUUUGUUAUCACUGUGACACCUUCUGUGUUUAUAUAGAUAUGUUGUGUCUUUUUAGGAGUCCAUCCCACAUAAAUGUGAAGGGUAUCCUGUUUUUAUUUCGACUAUGCUCACUUGGUCAUACAUGUGAAUAAUAUUUUGCAGCCCUCUAACAGCUUUAGGGACAUCCUGGGAUCUGCAGCUCAUUGACAGUUUGGGAGAUAUAAGUUGGACACUGUUGAUCUCUAGACAGACUCUGCCUAUCCAUUGCUCCCUAUUUGUUGUUGGUUGUCUUGCUGAAUAUGUUAAGUAUUCGUGCACACCAACAGUUGUUGUGACCCAUUUUGGUUAUCCCUAUUGCUGAGUAUUUUUCUCUUUUUUUUGAAUGUUAGUUCAGAAGGUUUAGAAUGUAGUGACUGCCCAAGCUGUGCAUGUCCUUCAGCUGUUUAUGCAUUGAGCACUGUAGGCUAUUGAGAUUCCCUUGAAUUGAAUUUGACUGAAUGCAGUUGGCUAGGGAAGACACCACAAAAAUGCACAGUAAAAGUUAUGUCUUAAAAAUUUCAAGUUUUGAAAAUUUAAAAGUAUAUUUAGGACAGCAAGACGUGGGUUAUCGGACAAGUGGAAUUUGAUAUUGCUGCACAUCACACAUUCUGGCACAUACAUUGCAGAGAAAUUUUGGAAGUCUUGUGCUUAGCAACCAAGGCUCCAGUCUUAAAAAUGGAGUCAGCUAUGAGAAUAGGCAACAUCACAUGUUGUGCCCCAGUGCCAGAAUUAACAGCAAUGUAAGUCUUUGUAGGACAAUUUAGGGGUAUCAUAAGUGAAAUAUAGCUGAUAUAUGUUCUGGUUAUUUGAAUGAAUACAAAUAAAUAGAUGAGGGCUCAAACACUCUGAAUCUGCAAGUGUUGCUGAACUACCAGCUUAUGGUUAUUUGUGUAGUUCAGCAAUAUUUGAAUAGUCACACAUUAAAUAUAGAGUACAUAGGUAUAUAUAACAUGUGGUAUAAAACAUUCAAGAUAAUGACCAUUCAUAUUAUAGUAAUAGAGCAAGUACAAUUCAUAAAUACUUUAAUACUGCACAGGCAUCACUCAGAUGUAACAUUUUAGAACAUGUUAAAUUUGCAUUAAUUUUUAAUUCUGUUCAAAUCCUUGAUACCUGAAUAAAUAAGUUGCAACAGAAGACAUUUUAUGUUGGUCACUUUACUCUAGAUUGAGGUGUCAGACACCUCCCUGAGCAUGCUGGGAGUUACCAUCAUUAACAGCUGGAGCACAUGUGAUCCCACCUGCCAUGAUUUUAUUCUAUUUUAUUUAAAGUUUUUAUUUAGUUCAUAAUCAGUGCAUACAACCACAAGGGAACACAUAGCUUUUUAUUCUGUAAAAAAAUGUAAAAAAGAAAAAAAGUAGUUGUUUGUGUAAUGUAUAGCUGUAUGUAGUCAGGACAUGUUCCUUAGUAGCCUACAAUGAUUUCAUUGAUGGAGCUUAUUGGAUAUAAUGGGCCCAUUACAGCACAUAAAAUGAAUAAAUGAGCCCCUAGAUCUGUACUUCGAAUAUUGUAGUUCACAACGAACAGGCCAUUUUAACAGCAAAACUACUAGUAGUGCUAAACCUUUUCAAAUAGUACACCAAAAAUAAUGACUUUUUUCAAAUUUUUUUUUUUUGUUUUUUUGCUGUUACAGCUUUAAUAUCUGCUGUCCAGCACUGAGUAACUUUCACAAUUUCAACAAAUUCAUUUUUAAAAGGUAUCUAUAAGAAAAAAACAGAAGAAUAGAAAAUAAAAAAAUCAUCAUUGGUGGUAUGCUAAAUAAAAACAAAGCUUUGUGAAAGUUAACUGCCUCCUUAAUAUCAAUGGUAACUAACAAAAUUAAAAAGAAAAAAAAACAGAAAUGAUUUAGUACAUAUUUUAGGCAAUGCAUUUUCAGAGUAUAUCACUGUUCAUCAGCCCUGGGGUUGGCUACAAAUUGUAACAAGAUAGAUGUAAGCUAUUCUAUAAAAAAAUGGAAACUAUUUGUGCAAAUAAAACAUUUGGAUAAAGUAUGCAGUUGUGUUUGGUUAUCUGUUUUAAGAAUAAAAUAAAAACAUGGCAACAUGUCAAGUAAAUGAUUAA